GAGUAGAUCACAUUCUUCGUCUGCCGAACCGCUGCAUCUCCCGUUCAUGUUCACGGACUUCUGACUGGACUGCUUAAACAAAACAUCUUCACCCUAAGGCGCAGUAUAAUUUUCAUUUAACUGUUAUCCAUGAGAUUCUUCAGGCUUACCUUCAAGUGCUUCGUCGACUGCUUUUGAAUUUCCUUUGUCACCGGCUGAACUGACUGCGGCGCCUUGUGAAAAUUUCCAUCUCUUGGCUGAGCUGAGGGGUUCUAACGUGUGAUAUUCUUUUAAAAAAAAACUGCGAUUUUUUUUCCCCCAAAUUUUAAGAAGGCGAAAUAACAAACUCCACAAAAACAGACAACUGGAGCACCGCAUACUGUGGCUACAUCACUGCCUCUCUGAGCCUUCCGGGUGCCUUGUGUUAGCCAGGCACAUUUAUAAAAGUUCAGCAGCCCACUGGCUAAACCAUCAGCCAGCUUUUGCUUUUUGAAAAAUACAAUUUAUUUUUGUGCCGCUACGUUACCGAACAACAUGUCACCUGAGUUGGAAGAGAACAGCCAAGGUGAAAUCACUCUCCCGCAGUUGGAGGCAGGGACCCUGUCCGAGGAGGAGGGCAGCGGGUCAGCUCGCCCCCUGGUACCUGUGCCUGGAGCUGGCCCAGGGUGUGGUGAGGGCGGAGGGAUUGGCCCGCCGCAGACCCAGGACGGGGCCGCGGCCGGGACAGGAAAUGGGGCUUUAGCAGUACCAGCGGUGGAGAGAGAGACCUGGACCAGACAGAUGGACUUCAUCAUGUCCUGUGUGGGUUUUGCUGUCGGCUUGGGCAACGUGUGGCGGUUCCCGUAUCUCUGCUACAAGAACGGAGGAGGGGUUUUCCUGAUCCCCUACUUGCUGAUUGUGUUCAUCGGAGGCAUUCCAGUCUUCUUCCUGGAGAUUGCGCUUGGACAGUUCAUGAAGCAGGGAGGGGUCUCUGCCUGGAACAUCGCACCCCUCUUUAAAGGUCUGGGCUUGGCCUCAAUGGUGAUAGUGUUCUUCUGUAACACCUACUACAUCAUGAUUCUGGUGUGGGGCCUCUACUUUCUCUUCCACUCCUUCACCAACAAACUGCCCUGGGCCACCUGUGGACACCCCUGGAACACCCCUAACUGUACACUGGACUUCCGCCGCGCCUGCCAUAACCGCAGUGCUCCCCAGCCGGCUUUGCCAUCAUCCUCUGCCACCCCUUCCAACUUCCUAUCCUCCACGCCCCCGGUGAACCUGUCUUCAGCUCAGCUCCUCUUCAACGGCAGCUGCACAGAGACUGAGGGCAUGCGCUCUCCAGUCAUCGAGUUCUGGGAACGUAAAGUUCUCCGUCUGUCUGGUGGGCUGCACGAGCCUGGGGACAUCAGCUAUGAGUUGGUGCUGUGUCUCAUAGCAACCUGGGUCAUUGUUUACUUCUGCAUGUGGAAAGGAGUUAAAUCUACUGGCAAGGUUGUGUACUUCACAGCUCUGUUCCCCUACCUGGUUCUGGUCGUUCUUUUGGCCCACGGAGUCACUCUACCUGGAGCAAUAGAUGGGAUUGUUUACUACCUGAAACCAGACUGGUCCAAACUUGGAGAAGCACAGGUGUGGAUUGAUGCCGGCACUCAGAUUUUCUUCUCCUAUGCCAUCGGACUGGGCGCCCUGACUGCGCUGGGCAGCUACAACCGCUUCCAUAACAACUGUUACCAGGAUGCAUUCUUGCUGGCCCUCAUUAACAGUGGAACCAGUUUCUUUGCAGGCUUUGUGGUGUUCUCUGUGCUGGGCUUUAUGGCUGCAGAGCAAGGCGUGGACAUCAGUAAGGUAGCUGAGAGUGGUCCAGGCCUGGCCUUUAUAGCCUACCCCAAGGCUGUGACUCUGAUGCCUCUGGCGCCACUCUGGGCAGCACUUUUCUUUUUUAUGUUGCUCAUACUGGGCUUGGACAGCCAGUUCGUAGGGGUAGAGGGAUUGAUAACGGGAAUCAUGGACAUGCUACCCCCUAAAUCUGCACUGGGCUCCUUGCGGCGAGAGGUGGUAGCGGCCAUCUGCUGCGUCAUCUGCUUUCUCAUCGACAUGUCUAUGGUCACUGAGGGAGGGAUGUAUGUCUUCCAGCUGUUUGACUACUACUCUGCCAGUGGCAUCACUCUGCUGUGGCAGGCCUUCUGGGAGUGUGUGGUGAUCGCGUGGGUCUACGGCGCAGACCGUUUCAUGGACGAUGUGGCUCGUAUGAUCGGCUAUCAGCCCCUACCCUACAUGAAGUGGUGCUGGUCUUACAUCACACCUUUUGUCUGCGUUGCGGUGUUCCUGUUCCACGUGGUGAACUACAAGCCCCUGACCUACAACACAGUGUACACUUACCCCUUGUGGGGUGAAUUGCUUGGCUGGGCACUGGCCCUGUCCUCCAUGCUCUGUAUCCCUCUUACCGUUCUCUGCAAACUACUGCGCUGCAAAGGAUCUUUGCGGGAGCGGUGGCAACACCUAACCACACCAGUUUGGGGCAGACAUCACCUGGAGUACCUGGCCCCGGAGAGCGAGGCCAAACUGCUGCCCCCUGCAGGAACCAAGAGCACGCUGCUCUUUGAAAGUGUCAUCUGAUGAGCCGAGCCCUGCAGAACACAUAGCCAAGGUCGCCCCUUGACAUCAGCACACACAAACUACACAAAAUAUACACACUACACAGGCCUGGUAAGAGAAAAGCGCAGAUUUUAAAGCUACGGAAAAAAGCCCUGGACCAAUGGACCAAAGAUUAGAUGGGAGAAUAACUGAAACACACCCAUACGUUCAUCACAUGCUGAUAUACCCUCUCCUCUGCUUCCUGACUCUACCUCGCUGACUCUCUCCUCCCCUCCCCUCCCACGCCCCCCGCCUUGGUGUUGUCCCGUCUCGUCUGUGAAUGCAAUGUGUCCAGUGUAGCCUUGAUAUCUUUCCUUUUCUGUGCUUGUCUGUCAGAGCCUUGUCCAUCCCAACAUGUCAAGUUGUUUUGUGCUGAAUGAGUAGGAACUAAAAAAAAAAAAAAGAAUUCUAAAUGAAAAAAAUCAUAUCUGCUGCUGAUAUGCCAUGGUUUGAAUGUGUGUGUUUUUGUGUGUGUAGAUGCACUGUACCUGUGUGGGCGCGUGCAUGUGUUUGGAAGAAAUUGUGGUGUCUUCAUUUAUAUGUAAAUUUGCCUCUGACCGUUGUUUUCUGCCGACUGUAUUCCCGUAAUUAAUUGUACAAAAAUAACUUCCAUUUGUAAAAAAGAAAAAUCAUAAAGAGACAACACAUCACCACUUCCAGUUGUGUAUUAUGAACUAACUUAAGUAUCUAGUGUAUUGUAGGGUCUGUGAAUCAGUGUUAACAAUAUUUGGAGGGGAUGGAGAUCAGUAUUUCCACCUUAAGAGAAAGAGAGAGACUUUAGAUUGAAUUGUGCAAAGAGCAGGAGACCGGGUCAUGGGGAGGGGAAAGAGACUUGAUGCCAUGUCAGGAAAGAAGCAAUAAAUGACCAGAUAAAGACGGA